UAAGCAGGAAGUAGACGGGAGGAGUGCUCUUACUUCUCCUCUCUGACAACAUGGUGGUGUUGAUCGGGAUCCCCUCCGUGCUCUCACCUGAGCUGCUCUACACUCUGGCUCUGAUGGGCCACGGGGAUGAACUGGUUCUGGCUGAUGCUAAUUUCCCAGCAUCCUCCAUCUGUGCCUGUGGCCCCAAAGAGAUAAGAGCUGAUGGUUUGGGAAUCCCAGAGCUUUUGAAGGCCAUCUUGAAGCUGUUGCCUCUGGACACCUACGUCCCCUUUUCGGCUGCAGUCAUGGAUCUGGUGGACAGUGACAAACAGAAAGGUUUACCUGUGCCUGUGUGGGACACCUACAAAGAUCUCCUGGACAAGGCUGGGUCUCAGAGUCCUGUUGAGAAGGUGGAGAGGUUUGCUUUCUAUGAACGAGCCAAGAAGGCCUACGCUGUUGUAGCGACAGGGGAAACCGCUCUUUAUGGUAACUUGAUACUGAAGAAGGGGGUCAUUCCUGCUGAGCUGCUACAGUGAUGCACAUAUUCUAAUAAGUCAUGAUGACCUAAUGACUAUAUGUGCAACAACUAUUAAUUCUUGUUAAUUUGUCAUUUAUAGAACAAAUAUGAUCAGAUUAAUUUCCAGUUUACCGGAAGCAGAUGAUUUUAUAUUUUUUCAAUAAAGGAAACACUGAAAGUC